AACAAGAGUAGCUCGUGCUUAUCUCCUGCACCUUGUCUGUUGCACUCUUUUUUCUAACAAGAGUGUAACAAAUGUUCAUGUGGUGCAUCUGGAGGCUUUUCGCGACCUGGGUCAGAGUGGGGGCUAUGCCUGGGGAGCUGCCGCGCUGGUUCAUAUGUAUGAGCAGUUAGAUGAAGCUUCUAGGACCACAACAUGACAAAUUGGGGGUACCUCACUUUAUUACAGUGCUGGAUUUAUGAGCACUUUCUGAGUGUGCAUCAGUGCAUCACCGAUGAUGCGUACGAGAUGUCCCCAUGUGCCUCCCGGUGGCUAACGACGAAGGCUCAUAUGAAGGGAAUUACAGGAGCGCCCUACCGGGCACAUUGUGAUGCUUUGACGGUCACAGACGUGUGUUGGUUGCCUUAUAGUGACCAUCGAGGGGUUAGGGGGUUUGAGCUAAUUUCAUCAUUCCAAGGUCAGUUGAGAUGGGGUCCUAUUGUGGUCACAGUUCGACCGGAGAGGGUGGUGCGCCAGUUUGGGUACAUUCAGACCAUCCCUCUGCCGUCUGUUAGCGCUUUGUUGUCAUAUGAUGAUAUAGAUGACAUGUGAAUGCAUUUCUCGGACCACUUAGCAACUGCGGGUGACAUUUGUGUAGUGCCUGGGCAGGUAUCUGCGGAUUACAUCGAGUGGUUUUUCCAGAUAUCUCACCCAUUCAUCAUACCGACCCAGGCAGGUGAUGAGCCCAGACAUCCACCUGCCCCAGAGCAUGAUGACUACAUCCAGCCGGAUAUCCCAGAGGUUCCAAUGGCAUUUAACCCCCCUGGACAUGCAUUGGAUGAUUACGAAGGCUAUGAAGCGAUCACAGAAAGGUUGGAGCAUGUGCUUAACCUUAGGAUGGUCACUACAGACACAGAGUUACAUGAUAUCAUGCAAGAUUGCCUCAGGAUCGCCAGGGGGGUGCCAACGCAGAUGGAAGUGUUAGGGCUAGAUAAAGAUGGCGCACAGAGCAUUGAUGAUGUUUUUUAUGUUUUGUACUUGACAACAUUUUUUGUAUUUGUUACACUUUUUUGUUUAAUAUAGUUUACUUUUUGUGCACUCUAUAUGACACACCUUCCAGGAUUGUGAUGUAUAUUAUUUUAUCAUAUUAACUGACGUACC